GCCUGUCAGACCCAUCCCGGUGUUUUGGACGGAAGCAAGGAAGACUUCCUACCUCACGGACGUCUUUUCCUCGCAUAAAGACGCUUUCUUUCUUUUGCUUCUUGUUUAUUUUAGUCUCCGCGGGAAUGCUGUUUUUGCGUGGGAGAUUUCCCGCGCUAUGACCUCGCUUCCACCGGGAUCCACUUUCGAUCGUGGCGUUGAGAGUUGUUUUCUUCUUCUUCGUCUUCUUGUUGCCAACCUCGGCAGCCUCCAGUUGACCUCCACAUUGAGGAUCGAGCAGGUUUUUGGAUCCCUGUUGAUGCUUUGACGUGAUUGGAACCACAAGAGACCACCGGAGACCACCUCCGCCAGUGGGGCCGGCCUCACAAUGGGGGGAUCCAAGAGUAAGGCCAAGGAAGCGGGCCCGCGCACAGUCAGCCUCGACGCCCAUCUGGGCUCCGGGGGAGGCGUAGGUGGCGGCAGCAGCGGCCACCACCUGAACUCCGCCCACCAGGCCUCGACUCCCAACCGCAGCAACACGGUGGAGGUCGGCUUGGGUGGCAACCAGAGCGUGAGUCACAAUGCUGAGCUGCCCCUGUUUGGAGGCGUGGACAACAGCAACCUCAGCACCUCCAGCAGUAGAAUGACUAUCGCUGGAGGCGUGAUGACCUUUGUUGCGUUGUACGACUAUGAGUCGCGGACAGCUUCCGAUCUGUCGUUCAGAAAGGGGGAACGCCUGCAGAUCGUCAACAACACGCGGAAGGUGAACUGCAGGGAGGGCGACUGGUGGCUGGCGCGCUCCCUGACCACCGGAGAGAGCGGAUAUAUUCCCAGCAAUUACGUGGCUCCGUCCGACUCCAUCCAAGCGGAAGAUCAUCUCAGACUGACUGCAGAUUCCAGGUGGUACUUUGGCAAGAUCACACGCCGUGACUCCGAGAGGCUGCUGCUCAAUCUGGAGAACAGAAGAGGAACCUUCCUGGUGAGGGAGAGCGAGACCACCAAAGGCGCCUACUGCUUGUCAGUGCUGGACUACGACAACACCAAGGGCCUCAACGUGAAGCACUACAAGAUCCGCAAGCUGGACAGCGGCGGCUUCUACAUCACAUCGCGCACGCAGUUCAGCACCCUGCAGCAGCUCGUCAAUCACUACCGCAAGCACGCAGAUGGACUGUGCCACAGUCUAACAGACAUCUGUCCAGUGCUAAAGCCUCAGACUCAGGGCCUCGCCAAGGAUGCCUGGGAGAUCCCCAGAGAGUCUCUUCGUCUGGACCUCAAGCUUGGACAGGGAUGCUUUGGCGAGGUUUGGAUGGGAACAUGGAACGGUACGACACGUGUGGCCAUCAAGACCCUGAAACCCGGCACCAUGUCCCCGGAGGCCUUCCUGCAGGAGGCCCAGGUCAUGAAGAAGCUGAGGCACGAGAAGCUGGUGCAGCUUUACGCCGUGGUGUCCGAGGAGCCCAUCUACAUCGUCACAGAGUACAUGGGGAAAGGUAGCUUACUGGACUUCCUGAAAGGUGACAUGGGGAAGAUGCUCCGCCUCCCACAGCUGGUGGACAUGGCGUCACAGAUCGCUUCGGGCAUGGCGUACGUGGAGCGGAUGAACUACGUGCACAGAGACCUGCGGGCUGCCAACAUCCUGGUCGGGGAGAACCUGGUGUGUAAGGUGGCUGAUUUUGGCCUGGCUCGCCUCAUCGAGGACAACGAAUACACGGCCAGGCAAGGAGCAAAGUUCCCCAUCAAGUGGACGGCUCCUGAGGCGGCUCACUUUGGACGCUUCACCAUCAAAUCUGACGUCUGGUCAUUCGGGAUCCUGCUGACCGAGCUGGCCACCAAAGGACGAGUUCCCUAUCCAGGUAUGGUGAAUCGUGAGGUUCUGGACCAGGUGGAGCGUGGCUAUAGGAUGCCGUGCCCGGCAGAGUGCCCGGAGUCUUUGCACGAGCUGAUGCUGACCUGCUGGAGGAAAGAACCGGAGGAGAGGCCCACCUUCGAGUACCUGCAGGGCUUCCUGGAGGACUACUUCACCUCCACCGAGCCGCAGUACCAGCCGGGGGAAAACCUGUGAGGCCGGCGUGUCUCCGUCCGUUGGAGAGCACAAGGUUUUUGGGUUGAGUGUGGCGCCCUCCUGUGGGCACUUGUGAGACGACACACAGGAUUGCUGAAAGGUGUUUUUGCCCUCGGGAACCUUCCACUGGUACAGCGCAAGAUCCAAUCAUCAUCACACCACAAUCAGCAGGGUUUGCUGACUUUAAGCAUUUUAAAGAAGGGGUGUCCAAAGUGCAGCCCGUUUGCCACCUGUGGCAUGUUCUAAAAAUAUCAUUUAAAACGAUAACUUAAAAAACAACAGCAAAAAUGUGAAAAUCAGCAGUAAUUUUACAAGAAUAAAGUCAAAAUAUUAAGAGUAAAAACGAGUCGUAAGUUUAAGAGAAUAAUGUAACAUUAUGAGGAAAAAUAAUCUCAUUUUAGUAGCAUAAAGUAGGAAUAUUGAAGAAAAUGACAUUUUUUAAAGGUGUAAUAUUAUGUAAAACAAAAAAAUAUGAAGUUGUAAUUAUUGGAAAAUUAGGUUGCGAAAAAAGUUACGAGAAUGUUACGAGAAUAAAGUCAUAAUAUUACAAGAAGAAAAUUUACAAUGGUUAUUGCAGAAGAAAAUUUUAAUAUUUUGUAGAAAAAAAACAUUGGAAUGAAGGCAUAAUUACUAAUAAUUAUUAAUAAUUAAAUUUUUUAAAUGACAAAAAGAAAUUAACAAUUUUAUGAGAAUAAACUGGUAAUAUUAUGGGGAAAAAUAAUGUUAUUUUAGUGGCAUACCAUUGAAAUAUUAAAGGAAAAAAAUGUUAUUUGUUAAAAUCAUAAAAUUAUGAGAAACAAAACAAUAAAGUUGUCAUUUUUCGAUAAUUAGCUUGGUGGAAAAGUUAAAAUAUUAUGACAAAGUCUUAAUAUUAUGAGAAGAAAAUGUACAAGAAGAAAGUUGAAACAGUUGGAAAAAAAACAACAGAAAUAUAAAAAAAAAAGCUCAAAUUUUAUGAGAAUAAAGUUAAAAUAUUCAGAGAAAAAAGGUGGCAAUUUUACGACAAUAAUCUAGUAAUAUAUAAUAAAAAAAUAUAAUUUUUAAUGGAAAAUUAGCUCGGGGAAAAAGUUGUAAUAUUAUGGAAAUAAAGUUUACAUAUUAUGGGAAUAAAGUCCUAAUAUGACAAGGACAUUUACAAUAAGAAAGUUAAAAAAAAAAAAAACAGCAUAAAUGGGAAAAAAGUUUCAAUUUAUUUAAUUUUUUUUACAUUAUUUAGGAAAAAUAAUGUAAUUUUAGUAGCAGAGAGUUGAAAUAUUAAAGACAAAAUAUGUUAAUAUUGUGAGAAGCAAACAAAACCCACCAAAGUUGUCAUUUUUGGAAAAUUAUAUUGCGGAAAAAGUUAUAAUAUUACGAGAAUAAAGUCAAAAUAUUAUGGGAAUAAUGACAUUAUUAAUAAAAACAACAGCAGUAAUUUAAAAAAAAAACAAACCCUGUUUUCAUUUUAUGAGAAUAAAGUUCAUAUUAAGAGAAACAUGCGGGCACCCCUGCUUUAAAUCAUUUCAGUCCAAACCAGGCCAAUCUCCCAAUUUGUGUAUUUUUACACCCUUUUUUUUUUUUUUUUUUUUACAUUUGAUGUGCAUUUUUCAGCACAACAAUACACUGGAAUUAUUAAUGAUAAACAUGACGCAUGUUAUGCCUCACCGUAGCCUGUAGGGGGCAGUGCAGGAAACCCUCCAAAAAAAUAGCAAAUAAUCCAACGUCUUGAAAGAAAUGCAAUUGUAAAUAUACUGAAUGUUCAUAUUUUGUAUAUACAGUAUAUCAUCUUUAUAAUUUAUUUCUUUAAAAAAAUUGCUACGAUAUUCUCGUAACACUGAGACGUUACGACUUUUUGCGUCACGUUGCAAGUUUAUAUUCCUAACAUACAACGUAUUUUUUCUAACAUUAACUAUUUUCUCCUAACGUGGCACACUGAAAAGUGAAAACAUUAUUUUAAAAAUGACGAAAAGGAAAGUGACGGAAAAUUCAACUUCAAUACGGCAGGGCAAAAAUUGUAAUGUUUUGCCAAAAUGAGGUAAAUGUGAAGAAAAAACUUGUGUUGUCACGAGAAUAAGGUCGUAAUGUUAUGCUGAUAAAGUUAGGAAAAUCAAGCCCAAUUAAAAAAGUGUUGAUGUUGUGAAAACGAAAAGUUAAAUGUUAGUACGCCGGGAAGAAAAAUAUACAAUUGUGAUGUUAUUCUCGUAACACUAAAACAGAUUUCUCGGACAGUUACGACAUUUUGCGUAACGUUGCAAGUUUAUAUUCUUAACAUUGCGACGUUAUCGUGAACAAUACCAUAUAUUUUUUGUAACACCGAGGCUUUUUUCUUGUGAUUUGACAAGUUCAGUCCACGCUGAAAAGUCAAAACGUCGUUAAAUUACCAGAAAGAAGCUGUUGGGAGAAUAAAGGCUAAAAGUGACAUUACUCACAUAACACUAAAACUGAUUUCUCAGAACAUUACGAAUUUUUGCGUAACAUUGCGACGUUCACGUAACAGCACCACAUAUUUUUCAUAACACCAAGACGUUUUUCUUGUGGCAUGGCAAGUUUAUUCCACGCUGAAAAGCAAAAACGUUGUUAAAUUACCAGGAAGAAACUGUUGGAAGAAUAAAGACGAAAACAGCAGGUAAAAAUUGUAACAUUGCAACUAUUCUUGUAACUCGAAGACAGAUUUUUCAGAACGUUACGACUUUUUGUGUCACGUUGCAAGUUUAUAUGUGCAACAUUUCGACGUUCUCGUAACAACACCACAUAUUUUUCGUGACACCAAGACGUUUAUAUUCGAAAAAAAAUCCAACUUAUUUUUCAUAACAUUAACUUUUUUCUCGUAACGACAGGAACAAAAUCGUAAUGUUUUGCCAAAAUUAGGUAAAUAUCAAGAAAAAACGUAUAUUGUCAAGAGAAUAAGAUCGUAAUGUUAUGUCAAUAAAGUUACGAAGAUUAAGUCAUGGUAGAAAAAGUCGUAAUGUGACGACAAAAAGUUAACUUGAAGUUAACAAAAAAUUGUAAGAUUGCGUUGUUGUUCUUUUAGCACUACAACUGAUUUCUCGGAACAUUAUGACUUUUUGCAUCAAGUUGCAUGUUUAUAUUUGUAACAUUGCAAAGUUCUCGUAACCGUACUACAUAUUUUUUGUAACACGAGACGUUUUUCUCGUGAAGUGGCAAGUUUAUUCCACACUGAAAAGUUGAAAGGUCGUUAAAUUAAGAGAAAGAAACUGUUGGAAGAAUAAAGGCGAAAAGUUACGUUGUUCUCGUAACAUUAAAACCUAUUUCUUGGAACGUUAUGACCUUUUGCGUCACGUUGCCAGUUUAUACGUAAUGUUACAAAAAGUCGUAAUGUUGUGACGAUGAAAAUUUAACUUAAUACAACGGGAAAAAAUUGUAAAAUUGCGACGUUAUUCUUGUAACACUACAACUGAUUUCUCGGAACGUUACGACUUUUUGCGUAACGUUGCAAGUUUAUAUUCAUAACAGUGCCAUGUUCUUGUAACAUUACGACAUAUUUUUUGUAACACCAAGACUUUUUUUUUCACAACGUGGCAAGUUUAUUCCACGCUGAAAGGUAAACACGUCGUUAAAUUACCAGGAAGAAAAUGUUGGAAGAAUAAAGGACAAAAGUUAGGUUAUUCUCGGAACACUAAAACUGAUUUGUAAGUGUAUAUUCGUAACAUUGCAACGUUGUUGUAACAAUACCACAUAUGUUUUGUAACACCGAGACUUUUUUUUCCGUGACAUGGCAAGGUUAUUCCGUGCUGAAAAGUUGAAAGGUCGUUACAUUACGAUGAAGAAAUAAAGGCGAAAAGUUACAUCAUUCUCGUAACACUAAAACUGAUUUCUCGGCGCGUUACGAUUUUUUGUGUCAUGUUGCAAGUCUAUUUUUGUAACAUAUUUGUAACAAUACAAGGUAUUUUUCACAACUUUUUUCUCGUGACAUGGCAAGUUUAUUCCCGUAACAAAAAAUAUAUAAUUUCGCAAAACAUUACGACCUAUUUUUCGCGGAACUUUGCUGUUAUUUUUCCGUUUCACUGUGCGCUCAUCCAUCGUCAUACAUAAUCAACAUGAAACCUUUCCGGUACUUUUUUUUUUUAAAUCGUGAUUUAUUUACUUUGGAAAGACUUGGCAUUGCAUGUAUGAUGAUUAUUUUUUUGCAUGUUGUUCUGUGAGGUUUUUGAUUGGCGGUUGUUAUUUUGGCCUACGUGUUUACACGGCGGUGAUGCUCAGUCAUCAGCAAUGUCAGUUGUUGGUCACCAUAGCAACAGGAAGCUAAGCUCAGGUUGGCCUGAGGUGCAUGGAGCUGUUUUAUGAUGUUUUAGAAAAAAACAUGCACAAAAAGGACCAUAAUGCAAAUAUGCAAGAUAGGAACUUUUCCUGUGGGGCUUUUCUUCCUACUAUGCACAAAUAUAUAUUUUUUUCUUGUAUUUUUAAAAGUGGUGAUAUUGCAGCGGUACUUUUCUACGGUAUUCAGGAGGAAUGUUGAGAUUAUUAAAAUUUUUUCAUAAAUCCUCAUCAAAAUAUUGUCCAAAUUUUUAAAAUGUUGGAAUAAAAAUUUGUACACGACCCA